UAACACACAACUGCCACCCAGAUCUGCCUCUGAUCAUGUGAGACACGAUGAUUCAGCUUGGUGUUGACACCCACACUCUUCAUCACAUGACUCCGUCAGUGCAGACACACCUGCACAGGGCCGUGCACAGACAUUUCUAAUUCAGAGUGGGAUAUGAUGGACCGGAGUUUUGCAAUAUUUCUGAGGUGAAAGGAACAGGUGCAGGUGAGGGAUUUGACAUGCUUGUCGAGAUGCAGAGGCUGGUCAAAUAAGACGCCCAGAUUUCUCAGGUGGGUGCAAACAUUUUCUUUGAAGGACCCCAAGUGCAUGGACACACGAGAGGCAAUACUGUCAGUGGCUAUGAUUAGGACCUCUGACCUAGCAGCAUUUAGCUGGAGAAAAUUACAGCCCAUCCAGAUUUCAAUGGUGGAAAAACAUUCCUGUAGGACUGUUAGUUUCUCCAGCUCAUCGGGCUUGAAAGAACAGUACAGCUGGAUGUCAUCUGCGUAGCAGUUGUAGGAAAUUCCUGUGAAAUUACUGAUGAGGGAGGCCAGAGGGAGCAUAUAUAGGGCGAAGACAAGGGGCGCGAGGACAGAACCUUGAGGCACGCCACACCAAAGGGCAGAGGGGUCAGACUUAAAAGGGCCCACAGCCACAGAGAAGCUUCUCUCCCUAAGGUAGGAGACGCACCAAUUUCAUGCACUUCCUGAUAUGCCAACCCACUCCCUGAGUCUGUCCAGCAGGAUGCCAUGAUCGACCUUAUCAAACGCCGCCCUGAGAGGUCUAAUAGGACUAGGACAGAGCAUUCACUGUUAGCAGCUGACAUCAUGAGGUCAUUUGAGACUCUAAGGAGGGCGGUUUCAGUGGAGCGUUUUUUAUGGAAGUCCAAUUGAAAUUUGUCUGCGAGACAAAAGGCAGCUUGGAGAUGGGUCUGUAAUUUUUCGGAACAGAGGGGUCCAAAUUAGGCUUUUUAAGGAGAGCCUGCCUGAAGUAGGAAGGGACAGAGCCAGAGACAAGGGAUUUGUGGAUGAUGGUGACUAUACUAGGGCCUACAGAGCUAAUUACUUCCUUGAGCAUAGAGGUCGGGAGGAUGUGUAGGGAGCUCGAGGAGGUCUUCAUAGUGCUCACCAUAUCACACCGAUCAUUCAGGGAGAUGGGUGAGAAGCUGCACAAUGAUGACUGGAUGACUGGACUGAUGAGAAAGGGGGAGGAGGGAGUGAUGCUUGCCCUAACAUCAGCAACCUUAUUUACAAAAAACAAAAGAUAACAGUUGCAGUCUUCGUUUGAAAACACAGGAUGGAGGGAAGAGGGGAGCUGACAAUGGUGUUGAUGGUGUUAAAUAACACUUUGGGAUUGUGUUUGCUCCAUGUACUGAGGUUGUUAAAGUAAGCAGCUCUAGCACUCUUAACCAAGUCAUUAAGAUCACCUGUCAGCUCUUUGAGGUGAAUACAGUGGAAUGAUCAGUCAGUCUUUAAAAUCUGCCACGUAGCCCGGACCCAUAAAUAAGUGAAGCUCGUGCCUCAGAACAUUAUGGAUCAAAUACAAAGGUUGAACCAUCGUACAGCGUUUUGUUCUCCGUGUACAAAACAAAUCCUUCAUACUAAAUAACAUCUAUUUGUAAAGAAGACUUUCUACAGACUUUAAGCAUCAGAGACCAAACAUACAGAGGGGUCCUCUCACACAUAUGACUGCACCACAUCAAACUCUGCAGCAGCACAUCACUAACUGUCAGCAUCCCUCCUCCUCCUCUGCUGCUGCUGUUGUUCCCCCUGCAGAUAUGAGACAGGACUAUGAACAGACAGUAUGAAUUAAAGGUCCGUCCCAGGAGAUAGAGCAGGUCAACCCUGACUGAACUCUGCAGGUUGAUUACAAACCACAGGUUACACACAGAAAUAAACUAAAAGUGAACUCUGUGCAGCAUUAGAGAACAGCUGUGGGCUGAAAGCAUGUCCCAGUGUCUCUACUGAUGGACGGUCAAACGCAGCCGUCCUGUGCGCAGUUAUAAAAAGGCUGACAUUGUUUGGACUGUAACCGGACCCCUGCAGGCUGCAGGACGAGCUGCUCAGGACCAACACAACUAUUCUUAGAGCUAUUGUUGUGCUGACGACAUGUGGAAGGUCAAACCUCUGCUUGCCUCUCCUAUGGAGACGAGAUACCGGCCAGUUUUGGAGAAUUUGGUCCCCCCUGACCCCAUGUCCCAGUUCCACCUGAAGAGAGGUUCUCCAGAUGAGGAGUUUCCCGACCUCUGCAGGAACUCUACCUGGAUGGGAAAGAUCCUCACACGUGCCAUGUAUCGCCGACAGUUCCACCGCUGCACCCCCAGUGGAGUCAUCUUUGAUGAUGUCAUCCGCCCGGGCCUUGAGGAACCAGGUGACUGGUCCACUCCUGUAACUGUGGGCUGUGUCGCGGGCGACGCUCAGUCCUACGUCCUGUUCUGUGAUUUCUUCGACCGAGUCAUCGAGGCACAUCACGGACACAAGAUCACCAGCCAGACGCCAGAGGGCGACUUCAACUACGACAACGUGAAGGGAGGUGAUGACUUGGACAGGUCAUACGCUGCAUGCUGUGAGGUGAGUGUUGUUCGAGGAGUUGAAGACUUCUGCUUCCCGACACACUGCAGCCGAGGAGAGCGCAGACAGCUCCUCACACUGGCCAGCAGAGCUCUGCAGCGGCUGGAGGAGGAGCAGCUGCCGGGUCGACUCCUCUUACUGGAGGAGCUGAACCAGGAGCAGCAGAGGGAGCUGAACCUGAACACUCCGUCCUCCUCCCAGCUCCGUAUCGGCGUGGCCCGGGACUGGCCUGACGCCAGGGCGGUCUGGGUGAGUGAAGAUGGCAGCUUGGUGGUCUGGGUCAACAUGGAGGACCACCUCAGACUUGUGUCUACACGAGAUGAUGCCAACAUCACAGAGGCCUUUAAAUGCAUCUGCACCAACCUGCAGAAGCCCAGAGCAGGUCCAGGACCCCAGCUGAACCGCACCAUCACCGAACUGAAGGUGAAAUUCACAGAGCUGGAGAGAGAACUUGUACAACUGAGAGAGCUGAUCAGCCAACAGCCAUGCCAGCCCACCACAGCUCAGCCUGAUCCCUGUACCAUCAGCACAGAGCUGGGCAUGCUGAGGCAGGACAGGGACAGCUGCAGGAGAGAGCUGAGCCUGCUCAGGACUGAGAUCAGAGAGCUGCAUCAGGACAGAGAGCAGCGUCUAGCAGCACUGACAGCUCUGACAGAGGAGGUGAAGGAGCUCAGAGGAGAGAGAGAGGAGCACAGGAGAGAACUUACCUCUCUCUCAAAGGAGGUGAAGGAGCUCAGAGGAGAGAGAGAGGAGCACAGCAGAGCACUCACCACUCUGUCAGAACAGCCUCAGGAGAGAGGUGGAGCUACACAGGACCUGGAUGAAAAACUAGACCACAACCAGGACCCUGUGAGCAGCCAGGACCCACCAAUCCAAGAACCUACCUCCACCCCCAGCUCCACAUCCAGCCCACAGACCAGCACCUCCCCUCAUUCCACCAGACCAGCCCAACAGAGAGAGAAGACAGACAUUGUCCUCCUCAUCGACUCCAAUGGAAAAUUCCUAAAUCAAAAGAAACUUUUCCCCACCCACAAAGUGGCUAAAAUCUGGUGUCCAAACACCCACCAUGCCAUAGACCUGCUGUCAGAGGAGCGGCUUGGAUCUCCGAGUCACAUCAUCAUCCACACUGGCACCAAUGAUCUGGAGCCAGCAGGAGAGGUGUCAGAGUCACUCAAGAGAGUGACAGAGAAAGCCUCCACCACCUUCCCCAACAGCAGAGUGGUCAUAUCCACUCUGCUCCCAAGGAAAGACUUCCACCCUGACACCAUCCACAGGAUCAACAGCAGCCUGUCCAGAGACUGUGCACAGAGACCCAAUGUCCACCUAGCCCACCACCCCACCCUGGACAUCAGCUGUCUCUACGACCACGUCCAUCUGUUUAAAAGCACAGUCCCCAUCUUCGCCCAAACACUGAAAAGCGUCGCUCUCAACAGAGACCAAUCCACGGCCCACAGAAAGAGCACAUCAGCCCACAACCCCCACAGAACACCAAGACAUCCUCAACCAACAUCCAGACCAACACAAUGGAGACAAGAACACCCUCAGCCCCACCCACAUCAUGUCCAAAUCAGACCCCACAAAGGCAACCAUGAUCCCCCUCAAGCCAGACCACAGUCCCUCCUGUCCCUAGGGGCCCCACCCCAACCACAGCGACAAGAGCCACACCCUGGCCCACUGAGUUAUGCCCAGGUGGUCCGGAGAGCAGCAGAACCAACCUUAACCACCCCCCCACACAAUGAACUGAGGGACAUUCAGCAGAUGCUCAGCCUGCUUUGCUCUCAUCUGAUUGGACAGGACGGCCUCAGACAGGCUGUACAGGACAUCUACAACAUAUUUGACCAUGUGGCAGACUUGUCCAGUCUGAAAAGCGCCAGCACCACAGACCAAAAGACCCGACCAAUGACGAGUGGUUUGACACAGAAUGCAGACAACUGA